GUAGGCUGAACCAGUUCAUCAGCUGUUGAGUGAGAGUGAGACUAAUGAAUGAGAGUGAGAGAGUGACUGUUGAGUGAGAGAUUGAGUGUGUAGCUAAGCUAGUUGUGUGUUGUAGUCAGUGUCAGUCUAAGGAGGUAUACACACCACAACACAACAGCAAAACACAUUACCAUCAUCACCAUCUCGGUAUCUCUCUGACCAUGUCUGCCGCCGACACCGCCACUACACUGAGCAUGCCUACAGUUGCCGGCAUUGUUGUUGGCACCUUCUUGCUACUGUGUAGUAUUGUAGCAAUGGCCUUUGUCUGCUGGAAAUGUUCCUACUGUCGGACAAGAGGCUUUUGGGAUAACAACAUUAAAAAACUCAUCAGAAAAAUUCACGCAAUAUGCCACAAGGAGAAAAAAGAAGACAAAAUGCAAUUGGUAACAGCUCCAGCAAUCUGUCGGAGCUCAAAAGUACAGGCACCGUUCGUUGUUCCUCAGAUUUUCGUCGACUAUGGCAGUCGGAGAACUUCGUACACUUCCGAGGCUGAUCGACGGAUCUCACUAAGCAGCAACAGCAGCCGACGAACUUCGUUUGCUUCCGAAAGUGAUCGGCGGGGUUCAGGCAGCAGCUUUUGUAGUCGGCGGACAUCUUUAGCAUCAGAUACAGACCGCAGGGGUUCAGCUAGCAGUUAUUACAGUCGGAGAACAUCCCUGGCUUCAGAAUCAGAUCGAAGAGGGUCGGCGAGCAGUCGCAGUAGUAAGAGAGAUUCCGAUAUCAGAAGUGAUGAUAUAGAGCAAGUGUUUUACGAUUAUUCCGAUUCCGAUAUCAAUGGAGUGGAUGAGAUGUAUAGAUCCUAUCGAUUCGAGAUGUUAGAGGAGGAGAAAGAAGAAGAGUCGAUUAAUAACACAACGGGAAAACGAAGCAUGUCUUUGGCUGAGAUUGGUAAGGACAACAAAGGCUCCACUUCUUUAGAUGGUACACCAUGCAAGAAAAAGCCACUCAAACGACGUGGGACUUUAUCGACCCUCGUUGUUAACAGUCUCAGCAAUUUCGAUCACAACUUGAACCCACCACCUGGACAACAACAGUACAUGCGCAAAAAACAAAAGACAACGCGACAAAAUGUAAUCGGUUUGCCCGAUUCGCCAUUCCUGAUGCACGAUUUGAACUUGGAAGAAAUGGUACCUCGUUAUGCUCCUCCUGUUAAACCAACAGGACAGCUAAAACUGCAACUCAAUUUUGUCGAGGAUAAAACAUCAUUAAAUAUAUUCAUUAUCGAGGCCCAGAACCUUGUGAUGCCAGCGUGUUCUCAACAGCCAUUACUGAAUCCCUCUGUCAAAGGUUUCCUCACCCCGGGAAGAACCGUCAAAUUCCACACCAAAACUGUCUACAAAACAAAAAAUCCUGUUUUCUUGGAGAAAUUCACUAUAAAAGAGUUGUCUUCAGUGGACUUCACCGACGACGCUGCUUUGGAAUUCCAAAUGUACUCAGCUGAGGCCAGAGGACGGCGCCAUUUACUGGGUGUUGGUACCAUUCUGUUGAAAGAGAUCGACCAACUGACCGAUGGGAAAGCCAACCUUACGCUAAUGCCGCAAACGGUCUUACGGUUACACCAAGGUGACCUUCGUAUUUCUGGAUGUUACCAGCCCGUAGCUGGUAAAAUGGUCUUUAACGUUAUAGAAGCUAAACACAUUCCGAAAGUGACACUGGUUGGAACUGUCAAUCCUUACAUCAAAGUGGAGAUGUAUGUGAAUGGAUUGAGGGAAGCAAAACACAAGACAAAAGUACGCCAGAACAUGACGGAACCAGCUUGGCAUCACCAGUGUGUCUUUGAUAUCAACCGAGAAAACCCUAAACUAUUGGGUCAUAUGUUUGUCUUCACGGUGAUGCACAAAGAUAUGAUGACUGGAGCGCACAGAAUCGGCAAGGUGGAAUUAGGUUGGUAUAGCCAUGGUGAACAACUACGCCAUUGGUACGAAAUAAUGGAACAUCCUCACCGACCUGCUGACUAUUGGCACCCAGUCAUCAAAGAGAGUAAAUUAAAUUCCUGAGUAUCCACUAGAAGUGGCUAACUUAAUUAUUAAACCUCCAGCUUUUGGUAGUUUGUUUUCUUUUCGUUCAACCAUGAAGUUUGUUCUACAGAUUUUUAUUCUACCACAAAGUUUGUCAACCAUGAAAUUUGUCUACCACAAAGUCUGUCAACCAAAAAGUCUGUUCUACAGAGUUUAUCUACCACAAAGUUUGUUCCACCACAAAGUCUCCCCAUCAUAAACUCUGUGUACCACAAAGUCUGUCUACCGCAGAGUUGUUCUGCCACAGAGUCUGUCUACCACAGAGUUGUUCUACCACAGAGCCUGUCUACAUGAGAGUUAUUCUACCACAAAAUUUGUCUACCAUUGUGUUUGUUCUACCAUGUAAUUUUUUUUUCUCUGUCGCAUUUUAUUCAACCACAAAGUCUAUCUACCGCAAAGUUUGUUCUACCACAAAUUCUGUCAACAAAAUCUAAUGCAAAGUUUCUUCUGCCACAGAAUUUGUUCUACCAUUGUGUUUGUUCUACCAGAGACCACAAAAUAUGUUUAAUACAAAACUUCUUCUCCAACCAAUCCUCUUCUGCCACAGAGUUUAUUCUUCGUGCAGUAUUCCUCAACCUUGAUAUUUGCUUUACCACAGAUCUUCCUACACAAGAAAUACAUUCUGCCACCAAGUUUGUCUACCACAGUUUUUCUACCUCAAAAUUUAUUCCUCUCCAAAAUUAGGCCAACUACAAAAUUUUUCUCAACCAUCAAGCUUGUUCUCUACCAAAUAAUUCAUUCUACCAUUAAGCAUGGAAGUUGGUAUUAGGUUGCAAGCAUUUUCUGAAGCAAACAAUGAACUUUAUAGGGAAAGGUUGAUCAUGGGAAUCUAUGAUCAAGUACGAUGACACACAGCUUGUGGGGGCAGGUGACAUUUGAACUCUUGUCCCUGAAUAUGCCCUAUCAACGACAACAAGAGCAAAAUGAAAAUAGAACAAUGAUAACAAAGACAAUGAUGACACUGAUGAUGAUAAUCAGCAAAACUUAAAUGAAGACAAACACGAAAAAGUAAAUCAUUAAAUCGCAAAAAUAAAUUUGAAAUGGGAAGUAAAAAUAUGGAACAAAAAUGCUGGAAAAAAAAAACUUCAAAAAAGAAAAUUUUUCAUUAUAACAUUUAUACUUGUGGAAUAUUUUUCCAAAUUCUUAAAGAAACAUAUCGCAUUUGGAAGAGAAAGACUAACAGUAAAUGUAUUUUUCGAAUUUUCAAAGCAUGAAGAGUAUGUUAUAAAAGAAAUUUCUAGAAGGACUCUCUCUAUACAUAUAUACAUAUAUACACACACACACGCACACCUA